AGAAACAUUCUUCUCUUUCUUUUUCAAUCAUUCUCUCGUUUUUGUGCCACCCAUGUCUCCUUCGGCUUUCAAUGCAAUACAGAAACUAUUUCAACUUCAUAGCUCUUUUGCUAAUCCCAAAAUGUAGGCAAAAAGAACACAGGAUUUCAUUUGCUUCCUCUUUAAUUAAUGAUCUUUUUAUAUUUAACCCAUUUUAAAAUAUCCCAUUCUGCUUCAAUUUUCAACCUUCAGAAGCCUUGGGGUUUCUGAAUUUUCCCAGGUAUUGGGUUGAUCUUCUAUUGCUUGGUCUCUCUUUCAUUUAAUUGUACCCCUAAGAUUGGAAAUUGAGAAUAAAUAGGUUUUUACAUAGAGAGAGAGAGAGAGAGAUGGGGCGUGGAAAAUUGGAAUUUGGAGUUAGAGUUUGGAAAUUUAUGGUGGUAUCAGUUAAAACAAGUUAUAGAUUGGUUUGGAAUCAUCCAAUAUUUGUUGGUUUGGUUGGUUUUAUUAUAUAUUUGUAUAGAUCUUUUCCUUUCAUGUUUUCAAUUUUGGUGACUGCAUCUCCUGUUUUGGUUUGUACUGCUGUUUUGCUUGGUCUUCUUUUGAGUUUUGGGUCACCAAACAUACCCGAAAUAGAUGAAAAGGAAAAAGAAAAAGAAGAGAAAAUUAGUCAUAAAGUUUCACCAUUGAAAACUGGAGCUACAGAAGGAAAUUAUGUAGUUGAGAGAGAUGUUGAUCAUGGUGAUUUUGUUGUAGAAAGACAUGUAGGUGAGAGGAGGGGUAUAGUAGAGAAUGCUUAUGGGAAAGUUAGUUUGGCUGAUAAUGAGGUUACUGAAGUUGAGGAAGACGAUAGUUCCAUUUCUUAUAAGAUGUUAGUUGAUGAGCGUAUGGGUAUUGAUUGCGACAAUGGAGUCAUUCAGGGAAUGUCGAAUGAUUUGUUGUCCCAGAAGAGGGAAAUUCUGCCGGAGAUGCUGGGGACUGAAGAUGUAUUUAGUAAGAGGGAGCCUGUGGCAGAUGGGGUACGUGAUAGGAAUCUUGAAGUGGACCAUAGUAAAUUUGCAGGAGCUUUCAGUGAUGUACUAAAGGGUGAUGAAUUGGAAUCUUCUCUCAUGUCAUCUUGGAAACACGAUGUGGCCAACGAGGAUGAUGAUGAUGAUAAAUAUUUGGAUUCUGGUUCUGAUGGCACUGAGAAUUCCUCUCCUGAUGUUUCGGUGACAGAUAUAAUCCCGGCGCUUGAUGAGUUGCAUCCGCUUUUAGGCUCAGAAGCACCACAGCCUGCUCUAUUAUCAGUUGAUUGUUCGGAUGCUGUGUCAGAGAGGUCCCAUGGUAGUAGUAAUGGAAGUGUUGAUUCAUAUGAGUUAGAGAACCAGAGGGAGGAAGAGGGAAAAGGAUCAAAGACAGAUAAUGAGGAUGAAAGUAAAUCUGCAAUUAAAUGGACAGAGGAUGAUCAGAAGAAUCUCAUUGACUUGGGGACUUCAGAGCUUGAAAGAAACCAACGAUUGGAGACUCUUAUUGCAAGGAGAAGAGCACAUAAAAACAUGAGGUCAAUGAAUGAGAAAAAUCUGAUAGACUUAGAUGGUGCUAAUAUUCCCUCACACAUCACAGCGAUUUCUACAAGACAAAACCCGUUUGAACUUCCUUAUGAUCCCUGUGAAGACCUAGGAUUACCUCCCAUUCCAGGGUCUGCCCCAUCCAUUUCACGGCCCAGAAACCCUUUUGAUCUUCCUUGUGACUCAAGCCAGGAAAAACCUGAUCCUGAAGGAGUCAAUUUCCAAGAAGAUUUUUCAGGUUUUAAUCAAAGGGAAACUGUUCCCCAAAGAGAAUCCAUGUUUCGGAGACAUGAAAGCUUCCAUGUGGGACCAUCAUCUUUUGUCGUUCCAAGACAGGAGCUUAACUGGAAACCUUAUUUUGUUCCAGAGCGGUUAGUAACAGAAGGAGCCUCAUUCCAGAGGCAGUCAAGUGAAGCUAGUGAGUCGAAGAUGAGUUCUGUUCCUGAUACGGAAUCAGUCAGUUCAAUUCUGGAUGAGGACAAGCAGCCAAAUGUUUCUCAAGAAACUGAACCAAUCUUGAAUGAAGAUCAUUCUUCUGUCCAUGAUGAACAAGAAAGCCAAUCAUCUGGGGAAGUUGAGUCUGUUAAUAUUCUCCUAGCUGAGAAUAGAGAUGUUCAUCAUGAUGUGGUUGAGAUCAUUUUGGGAGAUGGAGAAAAUCAGCUGGGAACGGAAUCAAAUUUGUCUGGAGCUACACCAAUUUCUCUUAUGGAAUUCAAUUCCAGUGAAAUUCAUUCUAGAACAGAGAUGGUAACAGAGGAUUCUAGCAGUAGCUCAAGUUCGUCGUCGUCGUCGUCAUCAUCAUCUUCAUCAGAGACAGAUGAAGAGAUAUCUGAUGUCAAGGAAGAAGGUUUUGCAAGUUUUGAACCCAGAGAUCAUGAAACUGAAGAAUUUGGCUUUUCUAUGCAACCUUCAUUUGAGGAAUCAGAGUCCCAUUCUACGAGUAGGGCUGUGGAUGAUAAUCAACGUAGGGAGCCUGUUUAUGAUUCUAGUCCUCCAUCGCUCGAGAAAUUCCUCUCAUUUUCGUCUGUCCCUUCCAACACACUAGCUGAGAUAUCUAAAAUGGUUUCGCCCUUGAUGCUGGUUGAGUCUACUGAUGAGGGACUGAAAAGGCAUGGCGAAACAACUGAGCCAAGUACUACUACUUUCCAAGAAAUGCAUGCAGCAUCUUCGGAUUUAUGUAGUGAAAAUGAACGAAGAGCAACAGAUAUGCUGGAGAACAGUAUAAAUGUUGUUAAAUCUGUGGAUUCACCACGGGUUUCUUCAAGUUCUUCUGAUCAUAAUGUGGUUGAAUAUUUUUCGACAGAUGCUGGGUCAUCAUCUUCAGAUGAGGAAUUGGGGAAGGAUGUAGGUAGGCUUGCAAUUGAUAAGGAAAACACUCAGCUUGAGCAAGUUCAUAUCUCUAGUUCAUCAGAGGGCAGUUUUAUGCCUAAGGAAGACCAAAUGCAUUCAUCAAACUCUUUUGCAAGUCUUGAUGUUGAUCACCACCAUUAUAAGAGUGGGGAGUUGUCUUCCACAGGUUUGACUCAUGAGCAUACGCCUUCCGGUGAUGCAAGUUCGUCCACAGCAGCGGGAUCAGGUCAUGUAUCGGUCGCUCAAGUUUCACAAGUUCAUUCUUCAAAGGCUAACAUCAGGGAGGAGCAUAAAAAGGAAUCUAAAAUGGAUCAAGCCCAAUCACCAAGUUCUGACUCAGGAAUUGAUGCUGGUCUCAACCGUGGUAUAACCGCGGAGGAAAUUUCUUCAGAAUCUAGUUAUCAAGAUGUGCCUUAUAGAGAAGGUUCUUCACCAGAAUCAGACAAACAGCUGUUGUGGCAUGAUACAGAUAUGGAUGAACAUGAUAAGGUCAAGGAAGAUAUGAAGGCGAAGACUAAUGCAGUGCUGCCAGUUCUUGAAGCAAGAUCAGCAGAAGAUAUUUAUUUGUCUUUUAAGCAACUUCAUGAAGGAGUCGACAUUGAGGAAGCAACUGUUCUGAGUAUGAUCGAGAAACCGCCAGAUCAUGGAGGUAACAAAUCAAAAUUACCUGUUUUCGAGGCAAGGUCUCUGGAGGAUAUACAUAAAGCUGUUCGACAACUUCCGGAAUCUAAUCCAGCUGAGCCGCCACAUUCUUCAGGCUCAAAGAAUGAAUCAUCAAAAGAUACGAAAACUGAGACUAAUCUGGUGCUGCCUAUUCUUGAAGCAAGAUCAGCCGAAGAUAUUGAUUUGGCUUUUAAGCAACUUCAUGAAGGAGUCGACAUUGAGGAAGUAAUUGUUCCAAGUAUGAUCGAGAAACUGACAGAUCAUGGAGAUAACAAAUCAAAAUUACCUAUUGUUGAGGCAAGGUCUCUGGAGGAUAUACAUAAAGCUGUUCGACAACUUCCGGAAUCUAAUCCAGCUGAGCCGCCACAUUCUUCAGGCUUAAGGAAUGAAUCAUCAACAGAUAUGAAUACUGAGACUAAUGUGGUGCUUCCAGUUCUUGAAACAAGGUCAGCAGAAGAUAUUGAUUUGGCUUUUAAGCAACUUCAUGAAGGAGUCAAUGUUGAGGAAGUAAUUGUUCCGAGUAUGAUUGAGAAACUGCCAGAUCUUGGAGAUAACAAAUCAAAAUUACCUGUUGUUGAGGCAAGAUCUCUGGAGGAUUUAGACAAAUCUAUUCAACAACUUGCGAAACCUAAUCCAGCAUAUUCUUCAGGCUCAGGCUCAAAGAAUGAAUCAUCAAAAGAUGCGAAGACCGAGACUAAUGUGGUGCUGCCAGUUCUUGAAGCAAGAUCAGCCGAAGAUAUUGAUUUGGCUUUUAAGCAACUUCAUGACGGAGUGGACAUUGAGGAAGUAAUUGUUCCGAGUAUGAUUGAGAAACUGCCAGACCAUGGAGAUAACAAAUCAAAAUUACGUGUUGUCGAGGCAAGAUCUCUGGAGGACAUAGACAAAGCUAUUCAACAACUUCCGAAAUCUAAUCCAGCUGAGCUGCCACAUUCUUCAGUUUCAAGGAAUGAACCAUCAAAAGAUAUGAAGACUGAGACUAAUGUGGUGCUGCCAGUUCUUGAAGCAAGAUCAGCAGAAGAUAUUGAUUUGGCUUUUAAGCAACUGCAUGAAGGAGCUGAUGUUGAGGAAGUAAUUGUUCCAAGUAUGAUUGUGGAACCACAGGAUGACACAGAUAACAAAUCAAAAUUACCUGUUGUGGAGGCAAGAUCUCUGAAGGAAUUACAUAAUGCUGUCCAACAAGGCCUGGAAUCUGAUCCAGCUAAGCUGCCACAUUCUUCAGGUGUAAACAAUGCUGGUGGAUCAAGACCUUGAAGGUAAGAAGGCAAAAACUCAUGACUCAAGUUCCAGCUCUAGCUCUAGUUCCAGUGAUAAUGAAUGAAAGCAACAAAACAUAGUUCAGAAAGUUAGAAGAGAGUUUUGUGGUUUCAGUUUUCUUCUAACCCUCCUUUUUGGAGAUGAGAUUUUGGGUUUUCUAGCUUGGUUACCAUAAUGUUUUUGAUUAAUGGUAGUCAAAGUUUUGUUGAAUUUAAGUAAGGGAGUUAAUUGAUUUUGAUCCUUUAUUUAUGUGAAAUUAUAUGAAUAUUUGUUAUGCAAGUGGUGCAGGUUUCAAUUC